AUGUCUCUCGGACCAUUCUUCCGUUCACCGUUUACCGAUCUGACCGCGUCGAUGGUCAACUUCCAGCAGUACCACAAGUGUGGCGAGCUAGAGAUGGCAUCUAUCGACUGCUUGGAAGCCUACGGUACCGUGCGUGGUGCGAAGAAGUGUGCCGAUCUGUUGGCCGACUUUCAGGAGUGUGCGUUUAUGGCGAAGCAGAUUGCGCGAUUCCGGGCUAUGCGAAUCGAAAGACAUCGUCAGGGAUGGAAUGGUGAACGCAAGGGUGAUGAAUAUUACGCUCCACCACCACGUGUCGAUGCCUACUAG